UGACAGGGGAGAGACCUGUGUGUAAACAAUACAGGUCUCUCUCCUGCCAGCAACAACAUACUGCUGUGUAUUUCUCUCAGUAUGUUCCCCUAGUAAAUUACACACAGCACACACAGUAAAACAGCACACAGGUAACCCUUUGAUCGCCCCAGAUGUUAACACCUUCCUGCCCAGUGUCAUUAGUACAGUGUCAGUGCUUUUUAUUAGCACUGAUCACUGCAUUAGUGCCAUUGGGAUGUCAGUGGCAGUUAGUUCCCCCCCAGUGUCAGAAUGCCGCCGCAGAACCACUAUAAGUUGCUGA